AUGGCCUCGAUCGCGGCAUCUUUGGCGUCGGCCCUUCCGAAACCCAAGUACACCGGCGAAGAUGAAGAGACUCCUUCACACGCUCAACAACGCGGCCCGCGUAUCGUCGGGGCCGGUCAGCUGGACGAGACGCAGAUCGUACUGAAGCGAUCCGGCCCUCCUCCUUACCAGCAGCGAGCAGGAUGGCGACCGCGAGGACCCGAAGACUUUGGCGAUGGCGGCGCGUUCCCCGAGAUCCCGAUCGCCCAAUACCCGCUCGACAUGGGAAAGAAGGGCGCGACGACCAGCAACGCGCUCGCCAUUCAGGUCGACGGCGAGGGCAAGCUCGACUACGGGGCCAUUGCGCGUCAAGGCCACAGCGAAAGCCGGAUUGUUCAUACCUCGUUUAAGGACCUCAUCCCUCUUCGCCAACGCGCCGAUGCAGGCGAGAUUGACCUGAGCCGACCGAGUCAAGAGGAGGUGGCAGCGACGGCGGAAAAAACAAAGAACGCUCUGGCAGCGCUGGUUAGCGGCGCCGUGGCCUCGCAGAAGCCGAAGACACUGAGCGUUGGAAAGCGAAAUGAUCCUACAUUCGUGCGAUACACGCCGGCGGACCAGAUGGGAGACCACUCCAAGAAGCAAGACCGUAUCAUGAAGAUCGUGGAGCGACAGAGAGAUCCGAUGGAGCCUCCCAAGUUUAAGCACAAGAAGAUCCCUCGCGGACCCCCCAGCCCGCCCCCUCCGGUCUUGCGAUCGCCGCCACGGAAGCUGACGGCCAAGGACCAGGAGGACUGGCGCAUCCCCCCGCCGGUCUCCAACUGGAAGAACCCCAAGGGUUUUACGGUUCCCUUGGACAAGAGAUUGGCUGCCGAUGGCCGUGGACUGCAGGACGUGGCGAUCAACGACAAGUUUGCUCAGUUCUCCGAAGCCCUCUACGUGGCAGACAGGCACGCCCGUGAGGAGGUCAGGCAGCGCGCAGCCAUGCAACAGCGCCUGGCAGAGAAGGAAAAGGCACAAAAGGAAGAGAACCUCCGGAUGCUGGCCCAGAAAGCUCGCGAAGAGCGUGCCGGCGCCGGCAAGCGGGACUCGCGGUCGCGAUCGCGGUCACGCAGCUACAGCGGCUCCGACUCGGAAGACUCAGAAGGCUCUGAGGACUCCGAGAUCCGGGAAAGAGAGAGGGCAAGAAAGGAGAAGAUGCGCGACGAGGAGAGGAAGCUUCGGCAAUCACGAAUGGGAGCCGAGAGGAGAGUCCAAGUCAUGGCCAGAGAGCAAAACCGAGACAUUUCAGAGAAGAUCGCCCUCGGUCUCGCCAAACCCACGCAGUCCAAAGAAACCAUGUACGACUCGAGACUGUUCAACCAGUCCAGCGGCUUCGACAGCGGGUUCAACGAGGACAACCACUACGACAAGCCACUUUUUGCUGCACAAGAUGUUAUUAACAGCAUUUACCGGCCGCAGGCCAACAUGGAUGACGAGGAGGACGAGGCUGCAGGUGACAAGGAGAUGGCCAAGAUUCAGAAGUCUAGCCGCUUCGGCGAGGCUCUGGGCAGAGGCACUUUCAAGGGCACAGAAGACGUUGAGGCAAGAGAAGGUCCCGUGCAGUUUGAGAAGGACGCGGGGGAUCCUUUCAACGUAGACAAGUUUCUGUCCGAGGUGGAGCAAAAUUCAUCGUCGAAGAGGGGAUACGGGCUUCAGGACGAUGAUUCCCGGCAGCCGAAGCGGGCGCGAGUAGAAGAGGACGACGACUAG